CAGUCACCGCGCAGCCAUCGCACGCGGCGCAUCUUCCAAGGGUCACGGGGAGCGAGAGGCGCACGCGCGACGCGCAGGAUGAUAAGGAAGCUGCUGCUGCUGAUAGUGCUGUCGGUGCUCGGGUACGCGCGCACCGCCCCGACGACCUACGAUCUACGCCAGGACGGCGACCUCAACGUCAAGGUCGACCUCGAGAACUUCGUUAUAUUGGUAGCGAGGCCGCCCUCGGCCCUCGACAUCUUCGGCUCGAUGUCCCAGCUGCUCGCGGAGUCGAGGCGAGCGCAGGCGGAGUCGGCCGAGUCGGCUGAGGCGGCGGUGGUGGUGGCCGCGACCGCGGCUGAGACGGCCACGAUCCCGGAAAGGGCCGAUACCAAGUCGGCGCCAGAUUCAGCCAAGUCGCUGGAAGAGCGAGCCCCGGAGAAGUCGGCGCGCAGCCUCGAGGACGUCGUCGCGAGCCUGAGGAGCCUGAGAGACGAGGCCGAGGCGAAAAACGCCGGCGGCAAGUACAAGAUCGUCGAGUCCGUGGAGGAGCCACAGAGCCUGAAGCUCGUCGGCGACGCCCUGGAGAACUGCGGCCCCGGGAGGAGUCGCGAUCGUCAAGGCGUAUGUCAGGACGACGGGCUUGCCCAAGAGUAGAGCUCGGCCGACCCGCGAACGCUUAGGCGACCUCGCGAC